UGAAAAAUUAGACUUCUGUGAGCAUUGAGCAGGGCAGAUUCUGAGAAUCUGGGACCGUGCGUUUGAAAGUGCAGGAAAUUGGCGGGGCUCGGAAAAGUGAACAAAGUGUGAUUGAAACUAGGUAAGCAAAAGGAAAGGCCAGGAGAGAUGUGGCGAAGGAGCUUUAGCACUGCAGCCUCCGCGCUGAAGGACAAAAAAUGGGACGCUCUCGUCGUUGGUGGCGGCCACAACGGCCUCACGGCUGCCGCCUAUCUCGCCCGCGGGGGUCUUUCCGUAGCCGUCCUCGAACGCCGCCACGUUAUUGGCGGAGCCGCUGUCACGGAGGAACUCAUUCCAGGUUUCAAGUUUUCUCGCUGCAGCUACCUUCAAAGCCUCCUUCGUCCCUCCGUAAUUAAUGAGUUAGAGUUGAAGAAACACGGUUUGAAGCUUUUGAAGAGGAAUCCGUCGUCAUUUACUCCCUGUCUCGACGGACGGUAUCUUCUUUUAGGGCCUGAUAAAGACCUCAAUCAUUCUGAGAUUUCCAAAUUCUCUAAAAGAGACGCCGAUGCUUAUCCAAGAUAUGAGAAGCAGCUUGAGAGCUUCUGUAAAUUUAUGGAUCUAGUGCUGGAUUCGGCUCCUCCUGAGUCUUUGCAGCGUAAGACUUCUUUUAAUGAACAGAUGAAGAAUAAAAUACAGAAUUCGGUCUUUUGGGCAAAUUUUCUGCGGCAGGCAGCCUCCUCAGGACAGAAAGAUAUGGUGGACUUUUUGGACCUUUUGUUAUCCCCAGCUUCUAAAGUUUUGAAUAACUGGUUUGAGGCAGAUGUCCUGAAGGCAACCCUUGCAACAGAUGCUGUGAUAGGAAUUACAGGAAGUGUCCACACCCCAGGAAGUGGUUAUGUUUUGCUACAUCAUGUUAUGGGAGAAAGUGAUGGGGAUCGUGGAAUUUGGUCGUAUGUUGAAGGUGGAAUGGGCUCGGUAUCUGCGGCUAUUUGUAAUGCUGCCAGGGAAGCUGGGGCACAUAUUGUAACCAAUGCUGAGGUUUCUCAACUGCUGGUUGAAAACUCUGACACUGUCUGCGGGGUGAUGCUGGCUGAUGGUACUCAAGUGCAUUCUUCAUUUGUUCUAUCUAACGCUACUCCUUAUAAAACUUUCAUGGAAUUAGUGCCUUACAGCAUCCUUCCCGAUGAUUUUGUUCGUGCAAUUAAGUAUUCUGACUAUGGUUCUGCCACUACGAAAAUCAAUGUUGCCGUGGAUAGAUUACCCCAAUUCCAAUGUUGUAAGAUAAAUUAUCCUGACGCUGGUCCCCAGCAUUCUGGUACAAUUCACAUAGGUUCAGAGAGCAUGGAGGAGGUUCAUUAUGCAUCUCAAGAUGCAGUGAAUGGAAAACCAUCACGAAGACCAGUUAUUGAGAUGACAAUUCCCUCUGUACUAGACAACACUAUAUCUCCACCUGGUAAGCAUGUGAUCAACCUGUUUGUUCAGUACACACCCUACAAACCACUGGAUGGUGACUGGCAAGAUAGUGCUUACAGAGAAUCAUUUCUGCACAGAUGCUUCAGCCUGAUUGAUGAAUAUGCCCCUGGCUUCAGCGCAUCAGUAAUUGGUCAUGAUAUGCUGACUCCACCGGACCUUGAUAGGGAAAUCGGUUUGACAGGAGGGAACAUAUUUCAUGGUACAAUGGGAUUGGAUUCGCUUUUCCUCAUGCGACCUGUGAAAGGAUGGUCGGGCUACAAGACUCCACUUCAAGGGUUGUACUUAUGUGGAAGUGGGGCGCAUCCAGGUGGUGGCGUAAUGGGAGCACCAGGACGUAAUGCUGCCCGCGUAGUUCUGCAAGACGUCAAUAGAUCGCUUAAAUGAUACACUGCUUCAGAACAUGGAGUUCCAUCCGGCAGCAAACGUUAGAGCAACAGGAACUAAAAUCACGGUUUCACUAUUGCGGAUUUAGGUCACUCACAAUUGGCUUGCCUAUAUUAAUCUCGGUGCAUAACAAUUGGCUGUAUUUAUUUUAGUGCAAUUCUGUGGUGGGAAUUUUCAUGUCUCGGAUCUAUGUGAGACAACUAUGUUAAUGACGAAGUGAAUGACUGCAAGGCAAAACUCUUUCCUA